AUGUCUCUUUUAUCUCAUGGAUUGGCUAGAUUGGCCACAUCAAACACUACAGCAUUAGUUUCAGGUCCUGAAUCUGCCAAGUUUUUGAACGGACUACUUACAUUAAAACUCCUUCCUUCAGUAUCAAAGCACAAUCAAACGACGAUCUCAGGUCUGGAUCUCGAAGCCAUUGAGCAAUCGAAAAGGAUCCAGAUCUUUCCUGACCAAAUUCAGCAUUCAAAUUGGGGUCUUCUUCACGAGGAUGAGUAUUCAGAAGGUAAUGAGGAUCGAUUAGGUAUCAGACGAGAUGGGAGAUACGGUAUGAUGUUGAGUUCGAAAGGUCGAGUGAUCUCUGACCUUUUCCUAUACCCGUCACCGUUUUUGCCAGCAGAAGAAAGUAGUAGAAUCUCAUCUUAUCUUUUGGAAUUCAAUACUGAUUCGGCUCGUUUCAACAAAAGUCUGAUGAUUCUGAAGAUGCAUAAACUCAGAGCCCAAAUCAAUAUUGAGAGGGUUUCAGGAAUACAGUCAUGGAUAUAUUUCAACAAGCAGAAUAAGUUUCAAGACUAUCUAAUCGAUCUCAAGGAUAAAUACUUUAAUAACAGGAUAUCGUCAUCUCCGGAGUUUGCUUUGCAAUUGGCAAGUCAGUUGAUCCAUGACGACGUUCUAUUUAAAGCAGAUCAUUACGAUGAGAUUAGAGAGAAUCUUAAGGGCUUUGCCAUUGACGAUCGAUGUCCUAAUUUUGGACUUCGAUUCAUCUUUGGCAACAAAUUAUCUACCUUGUCGUUAAAGUCGCUAUUCAGUGAUAAGUUUAUGUCCCAGUUCGAACCAUCUGCAUCAAUAUCUGUGCUUCCUAGAAGUAGUAAGGUUAUUGAUCUACAACGAAUCACUGAAGGUAUAGUACAGGCUUCGGAUUAUGCUUCAAAUUCUAGAGAAUCACUUCCUUUUGAGAACAAUAUCGACUAUAUGAAUGGAAUUAACUUUGAGAAGGGAUGCUAUACUGGCCAAGAACUCACUAUAAGGACAUACUCUAGUGGAGUCAUAAGAAAAAGGGUAAUGCCAGUACAAUUCUAUAUUUUGGGACAGGAGAAAUUGCAGGAUACUGUUCAAUAUAUACCUGAUGAUGCCGUCAAUUCUCUAUUGUCUGGGGUGAAUGAUCUAGAGAUUCAAAGGAAUAAUACAAGUACUAUUACAUCUGAUGCUUCUACUGACUUCGCGAACCCUUUUGGAGUUCAUGCCAAAGCCCCUACUCUUGCUAUUGGCAAUAUUAUACGAGUUGAGUCAAAUAUAGGACUUGCUAGUGUCAAAGUAAGUGAAAUCGACAUGAACCAUGGUAACGAUAAGAAUAAUCGAUUUACUGUCUCCUCCAAGUCCAGGCCGCAAAUAAACGGACGAGUUGGAUGCAAAGUUUACCUACCAGAAUGGUGGCCCGAGGAAAAUGACGAAUGA